CUGAGAAUUCUCGGCACAGUUGUAUUUCAUCAAUAGGUGCCAUACGACAUUGAUAACAAAGUAAAACAAAAUGUUCAAGUUUCUCGCAUUUCUGACCAUUUGCGUUGCCUUGGCCUCGGCCAAUUUGGUGCGCGUGCCCAUCUACAAGAACCCCAAUUACCGCAGAACCCGUAAUUCUGUGAAUACUGAGACCGCCUACUUGCGCGGCAAAUACAAUGUGGCCACAGCACGCAGCGCCAGCGAGCAAUUAGAUAAUGAACUGAAUAUGUCUUACUAUGGCAUAAUCACCAUCGGUACACCUCCACAGGAGUUCUUGGUGCUCUUCGAUUCCGGCUCAUCUAACUUGUGGGUGCCAUCAUCCGACUGUCCCAGCAGCAACGAAGCUUGCCAACUUCACAACCAAUACGAUUCGAGCGCUUCUAGCACCUAUGUUGCCAACGAUGAAUUUUUCUCUAUUGCAUACGGUACUGGCAGUUUGUCUGGUUUCUUGUCGCAGGAUACCGUUAAUGUAGCUGGACUCAAUAUUCAGAACCAAGUUUUCGCUCAAGCUAUGCUAGAACCAGGCACUCAGUUCGUUAACGCCAACUUCGAUGGUAUUUUGGGUAUGGCCUUCCAAUCGAUUGCCGUUGACAAUGUAGUCCCACCGUUCUACAACAUCUGGAGUCAGGGUUUGAUCGACAAUGAUGUGUUCUCCUUCUAUUUGGCUCGUGAUGGCAGCUCCAACCAGGGUGGUCAAAUGAUUUUGGGUGGUUCCGAUUCCAGCCUCUACCAAGGUGGUCUAACCUAUGUGCCCAUCUCUGAGCCUGGUUAUUGGCAAUUCAGUUUGGGUGGCGCUACCAUGGGUGGACAGAUCUUGUGCGGUUUCGGUUGCCAAGCCAUCGCUGAUACUGGCACCUCACUCAUUGUUGCCCCAUACAAUGCCUACAACACAUAUAUGAACAUCGUUGACCCCGAUGGUGAUGGCUUGGUUGACUGCUCAUUGGUAAACAGCUUGCCUGAUAUGGAGUUCAUCAUUGGCGGUAAUACCUUCCUUGUGCCUGCUUCCCAAUACAUCCUUAACGACUUCGGUGAGUGCUCACCUGCCGUCAGCUACAUGGGUACUGACUUCUGGAUCUUGGGUGACAUCUUCAUUGGAAUGUACUACACCGAAUUCGAUAUGGGCAACAGCCGCAUCGGUUUCGCUCCAGUCGUUUAACUUAAUAAUCUUGCUUUUGAAUAAAAAUAUAAAGAAGUACUUAAAGUAA